GCGUCGCGCAGAGGGAGGGCACCGCGCCGUGCAAGGUGUGCUACUCGUACGUGGAGGAGGGGCGCGUGUCGCAGCACAUGCAGGGCCACUACGUGCGGCACGUGUGCCGGCUCUGCGGGCACGCUGAGGCGACUGUGCGCUGCGCACAGCUGCACGUCCAGACACACCAUGAGAAGAAGUUGCCGAGCUCACUCAUCAAGAUUGGCGAUAUAAAGCAAGUUGAAAAAUUGCGUCAGAAAAAGAAAAAAAAAGAUACGUCAACGACAACAUCAGAUCCGAAAGGUUUAAGGAAAUUGCUCUCUAAAACAACAAUUGUUGGUUAUCAAUGUCUUGAAUGUGAUAUGUUCUUUAAGAAUUCUCGUGCACGUAAGGCUCACGUCGCCAGAUAUCACAGGGAGGGCUUGCAAUGUGAUCAUUGUAAGAAGAGAUUCGUCAACAGAACUACUUUAGUUACACAUCUCAAAUUACACGAAGGUCCACCGCCGAGAGAGCAAUGUCCGAUAUGCUCGAAACUGGUACGAACUGUGCAAUUGAAAUAUCAUAUACAAAGACAUCAGAAUAAAGGCCGGUACGAAUGUACCGAUUGUAACAAAGUAUUCUCCUAUCUCACAACGUACCAGGGACAUCUCAAGUAUUCCAGAGCGCAUGCUUCAGAACAAGUACUUAAGUUUCCUUGUCCGAUGUGUAACAAAGGUUAUCCGACUAAAGAGGCGAUGCAGGAUCAUUUCAACUAUCAACAUCUCGGCAAAACAUCGCAUAAAUGUCCACUAUGUGAUAAGCCUAUAGCGUCUCGAGCUAACGUAGAGCGUCAUCUAAUGAGGGUACACGGAGAAAAGAAGGAGAAACCAAAGAACCACGUCUGUCAACAAUGCGGGAAAGCAUUUACUGACAAGAAAUCACUAAAUCAACACGAAGUUAUCCAUUCCGGAGACAGACCGUUGUCUUGUAACAUUUGCUAUCAAACUUUCAAACAAAAAGCAUCACUUUAUACUCACAGGAAGCGAGUUCAUAAUAUAACGCCUGCAAAACGAGUCGUCGAAUUCAUUGACAAUGAUAAAACGAAGGUAGAUGUAAAAACUAAUUGAGGGUAGUACAAGAAAGAUUUGAAGGUUACAAGGAAAUCCAUCUUACUAUUAUAAAUGCGAAUGUAUGGAUGUUAGAAGAUAUCUCUAGAACAGCUGCAUGGAUCUUGAAGUGUCUG